AUGGCAGGCAUAGCAAGCCCCCUCUCGCUCUCCCCGGCACCCUCCAACACUGGCAACGCUCGUUCCGCCCCCCUCGCCCACCCUGCUGCACGCGCAACAUUGAAGGGCUUUGACGUCGUUUCCGCCUACAGGAGAGCCCUUGAGGACGACAAGGUCCCCCACCCCAUUGCUGCGAUCCUUGCUCUUGUAGAGCUCAUGGAGGCCUCCACAGCUUCAACCGUGACUGGACUCGCCUCCGAGUUGACUGUUGGGCGACAGGCUUUGAUCAACACACAAACAAGUCUUGGUGUGAGAGCUGGUUGUCAGCUCUGGGAGAGAUUCUUUGCCGUCUUUCCUGGUGUCGGCGAGGAAUUCCCCGCUUUCAAGCGGUCAUUGAUCUCUCAAGGCAGAUCGUUCUGUUCCAUCACAGCUCCUCAAUGUAGGGAAAGAAUCGCCGAGUUGGCUGUCGGUUUCCUGAGAGAUGACUGUGUCAUUCUCACCCACAGCUACUCGAGAACAGUCAUGCAAACCAUCCUCCGAGCUCACCAGCAGCACAAGAGAAUACGAGUCUACGUCACGGAAGCCCGACCGGGUUGUCUCGGUAUGAAGACCCACCAGAUCCUCACAGCCAACGGAAUCCCCUGUGAAGUCGUGCUGGACAGCGCCGUGGCAUAUGUGAUGGAGCGUGUCGACAUGGUGCUUGUCGGUUCUGAGGCUGUCGUCGAGAGUGGCGGCCUUGUCUCUUCUGUCGGCACCUACCAGGUCGCUCUCACCGCCAAGGUCAUGCAAAAACCCUUCUACGCCCUCGCCGAAUCCUACAAAUUCCUCCGUCACUACCCUCUCUCGCAGACCGACCUCCCCAUGCCUUCUGCCGCCUCUUCCACAGCAGCUCCGUCUGCCCCAUCGUCCGUGCCGAGGUCCACCAUCCCGUUGGAGUUCAACACCAACUUGCCCAACGCACCUUCAUUGUUCCAACCCACCGCCCCUCUAUCCAGGCCUUCCUCCCAAGCCCCUCAAUCUCGUGCUCCUUCCCAUCCCCCAGCGCCCCAAGCGCCUGCUACCCCACCCCAGUUCUCUGGCCGGGAUGGUGACGGCGGCAAGCCGUUCACUAGAACGGAAAUGACGAAAGAGAUGGAAGAGAAUAAUCCGAUGGUCGAUGUGACUACUCCGGAUUUGAUCGAUUUCAUCAUUACAGACUUGGGGGCGCCGUUGAGCCCUACAAGUGUCAGUCAAUACUUGGUGGCGCAAUUCUCUUCCUAG